AUGAGGAGCAUUGGAUCUGCCCUGAACCUGCUUUUGGUAUCACCACUCUACUUUGUGUGGACCGUGGUUGCUCUGGACCUGGCACAAGCUCCCUGCACCACUUUGGUCCAGGGGAAAUUCUUUGGGUAUUUCUCCUCCUUUGCUGUCUUCCCACUGAACUCCUCUCUCUGCUCUUGGAUUAUCCAGAACCCUGACCCUCGGAGGUACACCUUGUACAUGAAGAUCCUGAAACCUACCAGCGUAUGUGACCACCAGCACAUCCGCACUUACCAGUUCGACUCCUUCCUGGAGUCCACCCGCACCUACCUGGGCAUGGAGAGCUUUGACGAUGUGUUGAAGCUCUGUGAUGGGUCCACCCGAUAUGCCUUCCUCCAGUCCAACAAACAAUUCCUCCAAAUGAAACAGACUACGCCGCCGGGAGUGGAGAGUGGGCCUGUGCGAUGGAAGCUCAUGAAGGCUCAGGAGAGGGACUUCUCAGUGGAGUACCUCGUGGUGGGCAAUAGGAACCCUAGCAAAGCCGCUUGUCAGAUGCUCUGCAAGUGGCUGGAUGCAUGCCUGGCCAUCAGCAGCAGCUCCCACCCAUGUGGCAUUAUGCAGACUCCAUGUUCUUGCUCAGGAGGUGAGGUCCUAGAUCAGGCCAGCGAGAUCCUGGGCCUCACAAAGAAGAAGGAGGAUUGCUAUAAGGAUGGGAUUUACCUGGAGAACUGUGUGAGCAGCCCAAAGGACAGCAGUGGAGUGGAGUCCCUGGGUGGCUGGAAACCUUGGUCGGCUUGGGGUGACUGUACCAAGGACUGCGGGGGAGGCCUGCAGACCCGCAUACGCACAUGCAAGCCCCUUCCCAACGAAGGUCUUGCCUGCGAGGGAGUCCUGGAAGAAGGAAGACUGUGCAAUAGGAAAGUGUGCAAUACCAAUGGACGCUAUAAUUCCAGAAGCCAAUCGCUGAGGUCCACAGAUAACAGAAAGCGAGAGGACACUGACGAACUGCAGCACUACGGGUACCCUGCACCUCAAAUAGGUGAUCCUGCAGCAGAGGAGUGGUCCCCAUGGAGCGUGUGUUCAACUACCUGCGGGGAGGGCUGGCAGACCAGGACGAGGUUCUGCGUAUCGUCUUCCUACAGCACUCAGUGCAGCGGCCCUCUCCGGGAGCAGAGGCAGUGCAACAACUCUGCCGUGUGCCCAGUGCAUGGCACCUGGGACGAAUGGUCACCAUGGAGUCUGUGCUCUUCCACAUGCGGGAGAGGAUACAGGGAUCGGACUCGCACAUGCAAGCCUCCUCAGUUUGGUGGGAACCCCUGCGAAGGCCCAGAAAAACAAACAAAGUUCUGCAACAUUGCACUUUGCCCAGGUAAGGCAUUUUGUUAUCUCUCUUUGGGCCACUCAGUGGACGGCAACUGGAAUGAGUGGUCGAGCUGGAGCUCAUGCUCUGCCUCCUGCUCCAAUGGCACCCAGCAGCGGACGAGGGAGUGCAACGGACCCUCCUACGGUGGAGCAGAGUGCCAGGGACACUGGGUGGAGACCAGGGACUGUUUCCUACGACAAUGUCCAGUGGAUGGGAAAUGGCAGGCCUGGGGAGUGUGGGGAAGCUGCACCACCACAUGUGGAGGUGGGACUCAGAGACGUGACCGCGUGUGCUAUGGGCCCUUCUUUGGUGGAGCGACUUGCCAGGGGCCCAAGGAAGAGUAUAAACAGUGCAAUGACAGGAGGUGUCCUGAGCCCCAUGAAAUCUGCGAUGAGGAAAAUUUUGCCUCUGUGAUGUGGAAAGAGACGCCUGCUGGGGAUGCUGCAGCUGUCCGGUGCCCUCGCAAUGCCACAGGGCUGAUCCUUCGAAGAUGCACUUUAGAUGAAGAAGGGAUAGCUUACUGGGAGUCUCCAACAUAUAUCAAGUGUGUAUCUAUUGAUUACAGGAACAUACAGAUGAUGACCAGGGAACAUCUUUCCAAAGCUCAGCGUGGGUUGAUGGGAGAUGGGCUGUCAGAAGUGCUCCAGAACCUCGUGGAAAUCUCCCAGGAUGGGACCAGCUACAGUGGGGACUUACUGUCUACCAUCGACGUACUCAGGAAUAUGACAGAGAUCUUCCGUAGGGCUUAUUACAGCCCGACUUCUGGGGAUGUGCAGAACUUUGUCCAGAUCAUCAGCAACCUGUUAUCAGAGGAAAACCGGGACAAAUGGGAGGAAGCUCAGCUGACAGGGCCAAAUGCCAAGGAGUUGUUCAGGCUUGUGGAGGAUUUCAUUGAUGUCAUUGGCUUUCGCAUGAAAGAUUUCCGGGAUUCUUACCAAGUGACGGACAACCUCGUCCUCAGCAUUCACAAACUGCCUGCUCACGCAGCAACUGACAUCACCUUCCCCAUGAAAGGUUGGAGGGGCAUGGUGGACUGGGCCAAGAACUCGGAGGACAAGGUCACAGUUUCCAAGAGCAUCCUCUCUUCGGGGCUGGCAGUGACAGAUGAUUCCUCCGUCUUCGUGGUGGGGACUGUACUGUACCGCAACGUGGGCAACAUCCUCUCCCUUCAGAGGAACAGCACUGUUCUGAACUCCAAAGUCAUCUCCGUGACUGUGAAGCCAUUUCCUCGGUCUCUCCUCACCCCCUUGGAGAUUGAAUUCUCCCAUCUGUACAACGGAACCACCAACCAGACCUGCAUCCUGUGGGACCAAGCUGACAGAUCCUCCGCCUCCUCCUCCCAGCUCGGUGCCUGGUCCUGGCGCGGCUGCCGAACGGUCCCGCUCGACUCCUUCCGAACUAAAUGCCUCUGUGACAGGCUCUCCACCUUCGCCAUCUUAGCCCAGCUCAGUUCAGACAUGAACAUGGAAAAGGUGCUGGUCCCUUCUGUCACGUUAAUUGUAGGCUGUGGAGUAUCUUCGCUGACACUUUUGCUGUUGAUUAUCAUUUAUGUCUCUGUUUGGAGGUACAUUCGCUCGGAGCGCUCUGUCAUUCUUAUCAACUUCUGCCUCUCCAUCAUUUCCUCCAAUGCCCUCAUUCUGAUUGGACAAACCCAGACCCGGAAUAAGGUGAUAUGCACGCUGGUGGCUGCUUUCUUGCACUUCUUCUUCCUCUCCUCUUUCUGCUGGGUGCUGACAGAGGCCUGGCAGUCCUACAUGGCAGUGACGGGCAGGUUACGGAACCGCAUCAUCCGCAAGCGUUUCUUGUGUCUCGGAUGGGGGCUCCCUGCCUUGGUGGUUGCCAUUUCCGUGGGAUUUACUAAAGCCAAGGGGUACGGCACCGUGAACUACUGCUGGCUGUCAUUAGAGGGAGGUCUUCUCUACGCCUUCGUGGGACCUGCGGCUGCUGUUGUUUUGGUGAACAUGGUUAUUGGCAUUCUGGUUUUUAACAAACUUGUAUCCAAAGAUGGAAUAACAGAUAAGAAACUGAAGGAACGGGCAGGGGCAUCCCUUUGGAGCUCGUGCGUGGUCCUGCCUCUCCUGGCUCUGACUUGGAUGUCUGCAGUCCUGGCAAUCACAGAUCGGCGGUCGGCACUCUUCCAGAUCCUUUUCGCCGUCUUUGACUCACUGGAGGGCUUCGUCAUCGUGAUGGUCCAUUGCAUCCUAAGGCGGGAGGUCCAGGAUGCUGUAAAGUGCCGAGUAGUGGAUCGUCAAGAAGAGGGCAAUGGAGACUCUGGGGGGUCAUUUCAGAAUGGACAUGCUCAGCUAAUGACCGAUUUUGAGAAGGAUGUGGAUAUGGCUUGUAGAUCAGGUGAGCACAUCACAGUGCUGAAUAAAGACAUCACCACCUGCAGGACCUCAACCAUCACAGGAACGCUGAAGCGCCCAUCACUGCAGGAUGAAGAGAAAUUGAAACUCAAUCACCAGAAGGGGUCAUCAAACUUUAACAGUCUUCCAGCCAAUGUCUCCAAGAUGCAUCUUCAGGGUUCACCUCACUACCUGGGGGCCAUCAACCUGAAUGAAUUCAGCAAUCACACAUUAACGUUGAAGAAGGACAAGAACCAGCCACCUAAGUCUAUCUACAUCUGUGAUGGGGACAUCUUCAAAAAGCUGGACUCAGAACUCUCCCGGGCACAAGAACAAACGCUGGACACCAGCUACGUCAUUCUGCCUACCAAUACAUCUACUUUACGGGCCAAACCGCCCAAGGAUGAGAGCAAAUAUAGCAUCAAUAUUGACCAGAUGCCCCAGACACGGCUCAUCCACCUCAGUAUGGCAACUGACCCAGGCUUUGUUGUCAAGAGUCCUCCACGGGAGCCCGUAACCAUGACAUGCAGUGAGGUGCAAGGUUCCCCCAUGAUACAACAGCAGCAGCAGCUGCCUCCACAGAGCAUCUCCAACGAGGCACAGAUUCCCAACAGUCUGUGUGACACAGGUGACUCAGGGAACUCGGGUGUGGUGUCCAAGAGUGAGACCGUCUCCACCCUCUCCAUGAGCUCCUUGGAGAGGCGGAAAUCUCGGUAUGCAGAGCUAGAUUUUGAGAAAAUCAUGCACACAAGAAAACGUCACCAAGACAUGUUCCAGGACCUGAACAGAAAACUGCAGCACGCAGAUAAGGAGAAGGAGUCUCCAACAACGGACAGCAAGCAAGAGAAACAGCAGACACCAAACAAGAGACCCUGGGAAGGAAUCAGGAAAGUCCAGUCUCCACCGUCAUGGGUUAAAAAGGACAUGGAACCUGUGGCACAGUCUCCCUUAGAACUAAAAACUGUAGAGUGGGAGAAAACAGGGGCCACCAUCCCUCUGGUGGGACAAGACAUUAUUGACCUUCAAACGGAGGUCUGAGCGGAAAAGAGAGAAAGGGACUUUUUUUUCCGGAAAACAAGCAAACAAGCAAACAAACAAACACAAAUUUAAAAAAAAAUGAUUAAAUUAAAUCGAAACCGAGUGAGAGAAGUGUUUGGUUUCUUUUGAAACCUUUGGUAAAACGCAGUAACUUUUGUAUUGUUCUCAGCAGAGAGGGGGAAUAUUACUUUAUAGAAUAUAGUAGCUGUAGGUUCAGACCAACACGAUCUUUCCCAGGUAGGACUGGAGAGGGAGUGAGCCUGGAAAAGAGCGAGGAGGAGGCAGAGGGCGGGGAGGGCUGCCGGGAGUCGCCCUGUGGAGAGGCUGUGGUGGCCCGCGAUGGAGGGCACUGGCAUGAGGAGCCCUGCUCUGCAGCGGGGAGGUGUGACCACGUGGCAGAAGGGCCACGAAGAUAGGUUUUGGCUCCAAGGAGAAGAUGGAGGAGAACCCAGCAGGAGCUUCACUGGGACGCUCUCCAGCCAUAGGUCCUGGGUGAAAUGCAUCCUUGCCUGGUCCAGAGCGUCCCUUGCACAGCAUGGGCUCAAGAGUGCAAGCCGAUCUUCAUCCCCUGCUGCAGCCGAGAAGAUGGGAACGGGGAUGGAUUGAGCCGCUGGGCACUGCAGCUGAGAAGCAUCCUCCGCACCGCUCAACAUGGGACAUCCCAGCAACUUGUCCCAUCCUUACUGUGCGGGACAACUCAUGGGGCAUCCCGGAGACACGGCGGUGACAGAUGUGACACCCGUGGCCCAUCCAAGAGGUAAGGUGGGGCUUCUCCCCAUCAUCGCUCCGCAGCGGGUGUCCUGCACGCUCUGAGGUGCACUCAGGAGGACGGGACGCCUCUAACAUCUGCUCACCCCGUCUCUGGGGAGAGGGUCGAAGGCAUCACAGAAAAAACAGACCAACAACAAGAAUGUAGGUCAUUUCACUGACUGUUAAAUAGAUAAACUCAGCACGGGCCUUGGCAAAGGUCCAUUUGGCCACAUCCUUUUUUUUUCUGUUAUUUUUCCCUUGCUUUCGGACUCGAACUUAUUCCAAACUGCCCCUCCCUGGAAGCCAGAGAGAAAGAGGGAAAGACACAUUCGCUUAUGUACCUGGAGAUAUUUGGUAUACAGAGAAUAUUGCCUUAGGACAUUGAGACAAACUGACAACAUGAAUAACGUCCACUUGGAAACAAAACAAACAAAAAUAAUCUAUUUUUUUCCUUCUUUUCUUUUCUUCAAUAAAAAGAGAACUUGAAACCCGA